UGCCCCCCAUGGAAGCUUUCCAGAGUCUUUCCAAAAUGGGUAAUGCUCCUGCCUGCUGUUUACUGGUUGGUUAACGGUGAUCAAAAACUUCCAAGCAAAACUUAUUAUACUCUCAAAUCGAAUUUGUAAAGCCUCCACUCGCGGUCACACAAGAAAGAUGAAAAAAUUAAAAAAAAAAUCCCGCAACGCUGCGUUUAGAGUGAAAACCAUCGAUCGAAGUUCAAAUGACCCGCCAGCUAUGCGGGCUUGUAACUGUAAAUAUGUCCUAAACAGAAAUUUGGUCCCCAUUUUCAGGUUUCAAAAAUCAAAACAAAAUUCUCCUCCAUCUCAAGUGGUUAAGUCGGUUAUACCCUUUCCCCCAAGUCCCCGCCAUCAGACCAUUACCUUACCCAUCUAUCGUUUCUCACUUUGCCUCUCUCCCGCCGGACAAUUACUGUUAAUCUGUCUAAAACUUCAUCUCAAAAGAUUUUAAAUUCCUUCACAUUUUAUAGGCCUUUAGGGUUUUUGGUCGCGAGAUUUAGCUUUAGUGACGAAGAUGCCAGUCAAUCUCACGCGCAACGCGAUUGCGUCGAUCAACACUGGCGAUGUGAACUCGAAGCCGUUGGUUCAGGUGGUGGAUAUCAAGCUGAUUGGCAAUUCUCAGGAGAGAUACCGGUUUCUACUAUCCGAUUCCGAGUCCUCUCAGCACGCGAUGCUCGCCACUCAGCUCAAUGAACAAGUCAGGACCGGACGAGUCAAGAAAGGAUCUAUCAUCCAGUUGAUCGACUAUGUUUGCAGCACUGUUCAGAAUCGUAGGAUUAUUGUCGUGCUGAAUAUGGAGACUAUAAUUCCAGAGUAUGAAAUAAUUGGGAAUCCAAAACUUCUUACGGAUUCUGAUUCAACAACUAACAAGUCAUUGCCUAAUCUCACGCGCAACGCGAUUGCGUCGAUCAACGCUGGCGAUGUGAACUCCAAGCCGUUGGUUCAGGUGGUGGAUAUCAAGCUGAUUGGCAAUUCUCAGGAGAGAUACCGGUUUCUACUAUCCGAUUCCGAGUCCUCUCAGCACGCGAUGCUCGCCACUCAGCUCAAUGAACAAGUCAGGACCGGACGAGUCAAGAAAGGAUCUAUCAUCCAGUUGAUCGACUACGUUUGCAGCACUGUUCAGAAUCGUAGGAUUAUUGUCGUGCUAAAUAUGGAGACUAUAAUUCCAGAGUAUGAAAUAAUUGGGAAUUCAAAACUUCUUACGGAUUCUGAUUCAACAACUAACAAGUCAUUGCCUAAUAGCAAUUCGCAGCCUUCAGUGAGGUCUAGCAAUUAUAAAUAUAGAGCCAAUGUUCCCACUAACAAUGUCCAGAGCUUUCGUCCCACUAUUCAACCCCCCUACCAGCCACCUCCAAAUUACAAAAUUCAGGGCCCAAUAAUGAAGAAUGAGGCACCAGCACGGAUUAUUCCUAUUGCUGCUUUGAAUCCUUACCAGGGUCGUUGGGCAAUCAAGGCUCGUGUGACUGCAAAAGGGGAUCUGCGUCGCUACAACAAUGCUAGGGGAGAUGGGAAGGUCUUCUCCUUUGACCUCCUUGACUCUGAUGGAGGAGAAAUACGGGUGACCUGCUUCAAUGCUGUUGUUGACCGCUUCUACGAUGUUAUUGAAGUUGGUAGAGUCUACUUAAUUUCAAAGGGUAGCUUGAAACCUGCACAAAAGAAUUUUAACCAUCUGAAGAAUGAGUGGGAGAUAUUCUUGGAAUCAAAUUCAACUGUGGAGCUUUGCCCUAAUGAAGAUGGCUCUAUUCCAAGACAACAGUUCUCCUUCAGACCUAUCAGUGAAAUUGAUAGUGCUGAAAACAAUUCUAUACUUGAUGUUAUUGGUAUCGUGAUAACUGUUAACCCUUCAGUUCCUAUUUUGAGGAAGAACGGUAUGGAAACUCAGAGAAGAAUUCUGAAUUUGAAGGAUGCAUCUGGAAAGAGUGUUGAGCUAACCCUUUGGGGUGAUUUCUGCAACAAGGAAGGUCAAAAGCUGCAAGAGAUGGUUGAUUCUGGGUUUUUCCCAGUUUUGGCUGUUAAAGCUGGCAAGGUCAGUGACUUCAAUGGAAAAUCCAUUGGCACUAUUUCUUCCACGCAGCUCUUUAUAAAUCCAGAUUGUCCAGAGGCUCAGGGCCUUAGAGACUGGUUUGAAAAAGGGGGGAGGAAUACUGCUUCUAUCUCUAUUUCUAAAGAAAAUUUGCCUGGAGGAUCCAAGAAUGAGAUACGUAAAACCUUGUCUCAGAUCAGGGAUGAAGGGCUUGGAAGAUCUGAUAAGCCAGAUUGGGUCACAGCAAGGGCGACUGUAGUUUUCAUUAAAACAGAUAAUUUCUGUUACACAGCUUGCCCAUUGAUGAUUGGAGAUAGACAAUGCAAUAAGAAAGUGGCACGGUCGGGUAACAAGAGAUGGCUGUGUGACCGUUGUAAUCAAGAAUUUGAGGAAUGUGAGUACAGAUACCUUCUCCAGGUUCAGAUUCAAGACCAUACAGGACUGACAUGGGUAACAGCUUUCCAGGAAUCUGGGGAAGAAAUCUUGGGAUGCUCAGCGAAGGAAUUGUACUCAUUGAAAUAUGAAUUGCAGGAUGAUACCAGAUUUGGUGAAAUUAUUUGCAGCAGACUCUUUAACCAAUAUGUAUUCAAGCUUAAAAUCAAAGAGGAACUCUAUGGCGAUGAACAGAGGGUGAAAAUCACUGUAGUUAAGGCUGAAAAGGUGAACUACUCUGCAGAAAGUAGAUACCUUCUAGACUUGAUUUCGAAGAAUUUGCAAAUUAGAAAAAAAUUUUGAACCAAAGUAAUGAUUUUAGGAGCUGGAACUUUGGUCCUAUGUAGUUGAUUAACAUUUCUUUGGCAUUAUUUGUUACACAAUUGUUGUUAGUGAUUCAAGUUUUGAAUAUGAAUUGAUCAAAUAUUGUAGGGAUCUUUGAAGAAAUGUAUAGUGGCUAUAAUUCUGCAUGUUCUUAAUCUGAGGUGUUGCAUUUUACUUUUUUUAAAAUAAAGCUUAAAUGACUUGAGCUAAUGAUAUUGCUUAUGGAGCAUAAUCAUUUCAGCAGUCGUAGUUUGAUGUAUUGAGCAUUAAAUCUAAACUGCCAUUGGCGGGUUUUGCCAUAGAAUGUUUUGUUAGAUUCCUGAUGAAGUAAUCUAAGAGAUUGGAACCUAAUGUAGAAGAUCCCUACACAUUGCUGCAUAAACUUCUGUUCGUUUCCAUAAUUUAGCUGCACGCAAUCUUUUAUUUGUGGUUUAUGAUCGCCUAUUAGUUUGAAAAUGGCAUGGCCAGUGAAUAUUGUUUGGGUCUGCUUUGCCUUCGUGGAGGUUGAU